GAAUGGCUGCGGCUCACGCAGGUCGCUAGUCGCUCGUCCGCGGUCUGCCAGGCGAUCGCCGUCCCCCCCCCCCGGCUUUAAAAGGGACUUCAUGCCGAGAGCAGGUUACUGACUAACGAGAAGACGCCUAACGUCGCGCAGCCGUAGCACUGCGGCGCCAUGACCUCGGCCGGGCCGUUUGGUGAAGUGGAGCGGCCGCGACACCAUCCGUUCCUGAUCGGCGUGAGCGGAGGAACCGCCAGUGGUAAAUCCACAGUGUGCGCCAAGAUCAUGGAGCUCCUGGGCCAGAACAAGGUGGAUCACCGCCAGAGGAAGGUGGCCAUCGUCAGCCAGGACUGCUUCUACCGCGUGCUCACCCCGGAGCAGAAAACCAAAGCUCUCAAGGGACAGUACAACUUCGACCACCCAGACGCGUUUGACACGGAGCUGAUGUGUCAAACCCUGAAGGACAUCGUGGAGGGGAGAGUUGUGGAGGUGCCCACGUAUGACUUUGUCACUCAUUCCAGGUUGCAGGAGAAGAUUCGUGUAUAUCCUGCCGAUGUCGUUUUGUUUGAAGGGAUUCUGGUGUUUUACACGCAGGAGGUCAGAGAUAUGUUCCACAUGAAACUCUUUGUGGAUACAGACUCAGAUGUACGCCUUUCACGCAGAGUCCUGAGAGACAUGAAGAGAGGUCGCGACCUGGAGCAGAUCCUUACUCAGUACACCACCUUUGUUAAACCUGCCUUUGAGGAAUUCUGCCUACCAACUUUCACUCACUCUUUCCGUCACACACGCCACCACGCCCCCCGACCUCAGACUAAGAAGUACGCAGACGUGAUUAUUCCACGUGGUGUAGACAACAUGGUGGCGAUCAACCUGAUCGUGCAGCACAUCCAGGACAUCCUGAACGGCGACAUCUGCAAGUGGCAGAGGGGUGCCGUCGAUGGACACGACCCUGGGCGGAGCUUAAACAGAGGCGUGGCCGAGCAGGGGGAGAUGGCUGCUGGAGGAAUGGUCACUACCACAAAGCGCCCCCUGCUGGAACCGAGCACACGGCCACACUAGCGUGGGUGGGGUUAAAACGUUUCGUGUGCUUCCCGAGACGCACGCGCUCACACACACACACGCACGCACACACCUGAAAACCAAGUUAUUUUAUCAAGAUGGACCUUUAGUCUGUUUGUCAUACCAAAUCAAAACAUGAAUCGGAACUGAAGCCAACGUUAAUAAAUGCAAACAGGAUGUGAUUUAUGUUGUUGUCCGUUUAAGUGAUGUCCAGGGGUCUUGUUUCUACAUUGAUUGAAUGGUAUGUGCUUAACUAGGGCCAGUACUUUUUGGUCCAGUCUGAGCUUCAAUCAGAGGAACAUACUGCAUAAACUGUUCUCUGAUCAGCACAUACAAGCAACAGUGACCUGAGCUUGACCCUACUGCACCCCGAGAGAUCUGUAAUGAGGGCCCUAAAGGCUGAUCUGCUGUCUGGCGGCAUGCAGUGGGAACUAAUUUGUAGGUCAUCUUUUUGAGUCCAGUGGGCGUGACGGGGGCGGAGCUUGUAGUAGAAGGCAGGCCAGUCCUGGACAGUAAGACGCUCACAGCACAGCAGCUAUCCUCGGCAGCGGGUCCUGCCUGAUGAAUGCUGUUGCAUGGAGUCCUAACCAACUACAACAUGAACUUAACUUUCAGAGUAAAUUGACUUUUUUCUUACCAACCUAUACCACCAACUAUGUAAACAUUUGCCUUAAAGCAUGUUUCUGUGAUAACAUUAACGUAACUGAAUUUGCUAUAUUAAAUAUUUAAGAUUA